AUGCAGCCGAUGAAUGCCAUGGUGCCGGCGUCGCCCGGGGGCGCACCCGGGCCUGGCGCACCUGCGCCCGGGGCACCUGGGCCGAUGAUGGGCAUGCCGUCGAUGCCAGGCAUGAUGAUGGGUGCGCCUGGCGCGCCGGGUGCGCGCCCCAUGACUCCCGGUGCGCCUGGCAUGAACGGCACUGCCCCCGGUGGCAUGCAGGGCAUGGGUGGCAUGAUGAUGCCACCGCCCGGUAUGCAGCAGGGGAUGCAGCAGGGGAUGCCGCAAGGGAUGCAGCCGGGUAUGAUGCAAGGUGGCAUGAACCCCAUGAUGAACCCCAUGAUGUUUAUGAUGAUGCAGCAGCAGAUGCAGCAAAUGCAGCAGAUGCAGCAAAACAUGCGGCAUGGGCAGCUGACGCAGACCAUGAUGAAAAAUGCGAUGAGCGGCUCUUCCGAGUCAAAAUCUGGGGUCGAGCUUCCCGAUGACGAUGAGGCCAUUGAUCCCGAGAUACAGGAGCUGUGUGACUAUUUCAACAUCGAGGACAGAUGGAUCAAGCGACUGAAUGAGACUAUGAAGAAAAGGCAGGACACAAAGGCUGAAGACAUCGAGAAGUUGUACGAGACGCUUGAGAGAGCCAGAAGUCCUACAGGCUUACUCACGGUAAAGAUCGGUGAGAUGGAGAGUGGCCGCUUCAUCGGGAAGGUGAAGCCGGACAAGGAGGUGGAGCGGCUGGCUCGCAAGUUCAAGCUGGACGACCCGGUGGCCUCCCGGUUUACUGAACUCAUUCACCGGCGAAAGAAGGACAACGAGAUUGACCGCAUGCACAAAGAUCUCAACACCAUUGAGCAGCAUCUAAAGUACUGCAAGCGCGCCAAUGCCAUGGCGACCCUGCUUGUGGGGAAGCUGUUGGAGGGCGAGGUGGACGAACUGCCAGAUUUGUCAGACGCAGAGAAGGUGAUGGAGAAGUAUCGCUUGGACGACGAUGCGAAGUCCAAGCUACGCGAGAUCAUUGAGAAGCGCGCCGAGGACAAGGACGAGAUCCUAGUGAAGAUAAAGAAGCACCUGGAUAACUGUGCGAACCCCUCGUCGAUGCUUUGCCACUUGCCUGUGAACCAUAUAUAG